AUGUGCAAUUCGUCAUUGAUUGUUGUUUAGUAAAGAUGGCAGCCUCCACAGCAAGCGGCUCCGAUUUUGAGAAGCAAAGACAAACGUGUCUAAAAUUCAUUGAGAAACAUCACAACAGCACAGACUUGAAUGGUUUACGAGAUGAGUACCAAACUUUGCCGGGCAGUGAAUCAGAAAGAAAGCUAGCCCUUGACCAAGCCUUCAGAGAUGCAGUUCACAAACAAGUGCAGUCAGGAGGUGAUAUCAGCAUACUUACAUCACUCAUAAAUUUAGCUGUAGAGGCAGUCAGACAAGAAUUAGGUUCCCACUCCACACCAUUCCUUUUGUUGCAAGACACGUUUGAUGGCUUGGAGCUAGAGAAAUGCAGCUCACUCUUCAAGUUUGUGGAAGAUGGUGUAGCCACAUGGAAGUCGGACAUCUUUUAUUCAGCUGGAAAAAACUACUUGCUGCGAAUGUGCAAUGAUCUGCUGAGGAGGUUGUCUAAGUCCCUUGAUACAGUGUUCUGUGGUAGAAUACAGCUGUUCCUGGCCAGGCUGUUCCCACUGGAAGAGAAAUCAG